AUGGAGACUGCCGACUAUAAUCCCGUCGAUCACAGAUCCCCUGAGCAGCUGGCUACAAGUUCUUUUGCCGUUUUCUUUCAUUUAAUAAAAGCUGCUGCUGGCAGUGGAGUUCUAUUUUUGCCGUAUGCAUUCAAAAAGACGGGAUAUCUCGCUGCUAUUCUCUGUAGUAUUAUCAUUGGAACCGUGUGUAUUCACACUGCAGUUCUAACGAUACGCUGCAGUCAGAUUUUGUGCAAGCGAAGCCGCGUCCCUGCGUUGAGUCUCGCCCAAACAGCCGAGGCUUCGUUCAAACACGGGCCCCAAGUUUUACACAAGUUCGCCCGUGCCUUUGGCAUUGCAACAAAUAUCUUGGUCUGUGGUGUGCAGGUCCAGACCACUAUCGUUUACAUAUUGUACGUGAGCUCAUCGUUUAAACAGGUUGUAGAAUAUUUCACCGACUGGGGCCAGGAUAUCCGGAUCUACAUAGUCGUUUUCCUUCCCUUCUUCUGCCUUCUGGCUGUUGCUCCAAACUUCAGCUUCCUGACCCCCUUCUCCGUGUGCGGCACCAUUUGCCUCGUCUUUGGCCUGCUGGUCUCCUUCGGCUACUUCCUGAGCGAUUUUCCGUCACCCUCCCGUCUGCCAGCUUUUACCGGGUUCGAGCAGCUCGGCGUUUUUUGUGCCGUCUUUACAUUCUCGGUGUACAACAUGUCAAUGUUGAUGCCCCUGGAGAAUACGAUGCGCGAGCCUCACACCAUGGCUGUACUGCUGGCCGCUGGUAUGGUGAUCAACGUGAUUGUCUACGUACUCUUCGGAUUUUUGGGUUUCAACAGAUACGAGGACUCCUGCGACACGAUUAUUAAAAAUCUGCCGCUCGACAAGAUUCCUGCACAGAUAGUUAAAGUUGUCGUUCCUCUUUCUGUGAUGUUCACGUUUGGACUUCAAUAUUUUGUUCUCGCCGAAGUUGUAUGGCCGUGGCUAGCAGCAUGGAUUGGUGACAAAGUCGCUUACAAAAUUGGUUUCCGUAUAGGUGGAGUCGUUAUAUGUGCGUUGUUUGGUAUUAUUUUGCCGCACAUGGCACCGGUGUUGUCGCUAUUCUCUGCGGUUGGUACGACUACGCUGAUGGUACUGUUUCCUGUGGUGAUUGAGACUUCGACAAAAUGGAAUGAGCCAGAAAAUCUUAAGCGCAACUACAUGUUGAUGAAAAAUUUGCUGAUUACUAUCAUUUGGAUCUUAACUUUGAUUUUUGGAGUCCGAGAGAGCAUACUGGACAUAAAGCACGAGAUGCAAGCAACUAAAUCUACAGAGCCGGAAGUGUGCCAGUGA